GCAGAACUACUCGCAGAACUGAUGGUACACACUAAACAAAGUUACAGCGAGUUAUUCGGGAUAAAGUUCUUGUCUUAACCUUGGGAAGAUGACUUUUUGCAAGACCUGGUCCGUUGCACUCCUGCUGCCUCUGCUGAUAUCAGCCCAGUAUCAAGUGGACAACGGAAUAGUCGUCCCGGAGCACGGAUUUUGUCAGCCGAUUACAAUACCCCUGUGCACGGACAUAGCCUAUAACCAAACCAUAAUGCCAAAUUUAGUGGGACAUUACAACCAGGAGGACGCGGGGCUUGAGGUGCACCAGUUUUACCCCCUUGUAAAGGUACAGUGCUCGCCGGAGUUGAAAUUCUUCCUGUGCUCCAUGUAUGCGCCUGUAUGCACAGUUUUGGAGAAGGCCAUUCCUCCCUGCAGGUCCAUCUGCGAGAGAGCCAAGCAGGGCUGCGAGGCGCUCAUGAAUAAGUUUGGCUUUCAGUGGCCGGACCGGUUGCGCUGCGAGAACUUCCCUGUGCUGGGAGACGGACAAAUCUGCGUGGGCCAAAACGAUUCCUCCGCCGCCACCGUCCCACCCGUCAUCUCCGACCCGGGGAAACCGGGCAUCUCAGUGGGCUCCACACACGAGAGGCCUUUCCAAUGCCCGCCUGUCCUCACAGUGCCCUCAUAUUUGAAUUAUAAGUUUCUAGAGGAGAAGGAUUGCGCAGCUCCCUGUGAGCCCUCGAGGAGCGGUGGGAACAUGUUUUUCAGUGACAAAGAGAGACAUUUCUCCCGUAUAUGGAUUCUGGUCUGGUCUGUGCUUUGUUGUGCGUCUACCUUAUUCACAGUAACCACCUAUUUAGUUGAUAUGCAGCGCUUCAGGUACCCCGAGAGACCCAUCAUCUUCCUGUCUGGCUGCUACACUAUGGUCUCCAUAGCCUUCAUAGCUGGCUACUUCCUGGGGGACAGGGUAGUGUGCAAUGACAGCUUUAACCCUGAUGGCUAUAAGACCAUCGUCCAAGGCACCAAAAAGGAAGGUUGCACUAUCCUCUUCAUGAUGCUGUAUUUCUUCAGCAUGGCCAGCUCCAUCUGGUGGGUCAUCCUGUCCCUCACCUGGUUCCUGGCAGCGGGUAUGAAGUGGGGCCAUGAGGCUAUUGAGGCCAACUCUCAGUAUUUUCACCUGGCCGCCUGGGCAGUGCCGGCCGUCAAGACCAUCAGCAUCCUGGCCAUUGGGCAGAUUGAAGGUGAUGUGCUCAGCGGGGUCUGCUUCGUCAGUCUCAGCAACCUGGACCCUCUACGGGGCUUCGUGUUGGCCCCUCUCUUCAUUUAUCUUUUCAUCGGGACCUCUUUCUUGCUGGCCGGCUUUGUGUCACUGUUCAGAAUCCGCACCAUCAUGAAACACGAUGGCACCAAGACAGAGAAGCUGGAGCGGCUGAUGGUGCGGAUCGGGGUAUUCAGCGUGCUCUACACCGUCCCUGCCACCAUUGUUAUCGCCUGCUUCUUCUAUGAGCAGGCCUUCCGCCCCCACUGGGAGCGCAGCUGGGUCGGCCAUAACUGCAGGGGCCUGGCCAUCCCCUGCCCUCUGCAGACCGGGCCCCGCAUGACCCCAGACUUCACGGUCUACAUGAUCAAGUACCUCAUGACGCUGAUAGUAGGCAUCACCUCUGGUUUCUGGAUCUGGUCCGGAAAGACUCUGCAGUCCUGGCAUAAGUUCUACACAAGGCUGACAAAUGGCAAACAUGGAGAGACCACUGUGUAGAAUAAAGGGACAUCUGUAUGUUGCUGUGACUAAUUUGUGUAUUAUUACCUGUUUCUCAUGUGAUAGGUAAGAAGCACACGGAGUAGCCGUUAGUUCUUACAGCAUUUGUAUUCGCCUCAGCUUAAUAGCCCCACAUGCAUGCCAAACUGAGGGUUAGGGUUUGACAAAAGGACAAGCUGGAUAAACAAGGACUGAACCUAACUGUCUGAACAAAUAACAAGCACGGCUAUGGAUGCCAUGUGCCGAAAUGCUCACCUCCCCCUCUCUGGCUCUUUUUUUUUUUUUUU